UUCCUAGACUUUAGAGCUGGUUUAUAAAUGUCAUUGUUACGGCCUCCCAAUUUCUCUGUUUCUGUGAUUUCGAAGAGAAGGCAAGAGAGGAGGAGGGUCGAAAUUCUCAGGUUUCGCGAUGGCUUCCAAGCGGAUCUUGAAGGAACUGAAGGAUCUCCAGAAAGAUCCUCCUACAUCUUGCAGCGCAGGUCCUGUUGCUGAAGACAUGUUUCAUUGGCAAGCAACAAUCAUGGGUCCACCAGACAGUCCUUAUGCAGGAGGAGUCUUUUUAGUGACCAUCCAUUUCCCUCCAGAUUAUCCUUUUAAACCACCCAAGGUCGCAUUCAGGACAAAGGUUUUCCACCCAAAUAUUAACAGCAACGGCAGUAUUUGUCUUGACAUCUUGAAGGAGCAGUGGAGCCCGGCACUGACCAUUUCCAAGGUGUUGCUGUCAAUCUGUUCCCUGUUGACGGAUCCAAACCCUGAUGACCCCUUGGUACCAGAGAUUGCUCACAUGUACAAAACGGACAGGAGCAAGUACGAGUCAACCGCAAGAAGCUGGACUCAAAAGUAUGCAAUGGGUUAAGUGUGCCGUCUGGUGCAUGUGUGGAGGGCUGCUUUCCUUUCUUGUGACUUUGGUCUUUCAGUAUUAUGUAUGAAGCAUAUGAUUUUGUCAGUCGUUAAAACUCUGACAAAAACAGAAGGUCUAUAUACUGCCCUCCAUUAAAAAUAACAGAUAAUGCUAGUUUUGAUUGGUGGAAUGUAUGCGAAUUUUAUCAAGAACUUGAUCCUUCUAAGAAGGCAACGGCGUUUCUGCGUUCCCUUUC